AAAGAAACGGUCGAAGAUCUCCAGAAGCAGCUCGCGGACAUGCAAGCAGAGAUGGAACGGUUGAGAGCGAAAAACGUGGCUACACAGAACCAGCAACAGAUAGUUGAUCCGCCAGCUAACAACGGAUUUCCGCCAGAUGGCCGUAUCAUUGAUAUUGCUUACCUUAUUCACCGCAGCCAACGGUUUGGUAGGAUUCGAUUGCACACAUGGGAAGUUGAACGUGACGACAAUUGAUUUACUAGAACCGGUAGAUUGUACUAUACCAGAAACUACACCUAAAGAAGAUAAAGUCUACGCACAAUUGCUACAACUAACGGAAUUCAGAAAAACAACGGCAACUCAAUGCAGAAUAGAGAUAGACCGGACAGUAUACCACUGCGAAAUGCACUCACAUGUAUCCUUGGUGGAACUAGGACGACAAGCCUACAUAAAAUAUACAAGUAAGGAAACUUGCAGCCGACCAUACCGGGAAGGAAGUAUUGAGAUUUGGCCAGGGAAAUUUCUGAACAAUAUACCGAGAAACGCGACGACGAGACGAUCAGUAACAUUGAGCGGAGGACUAGCAUCAGAUGGAUCCUGCGAACCAGGAUUUUACGAUGACCAAUACGGACAAUGGCCUAGCGUAGUAGUCCAAGCAAUUGUAAAAAUUACGGUUGCACAACAGGAAGCCACCGUAAAACUCAACGAUAAUAAAAUUAUUUUUUCCAACGGACUAGCAUGUGAAUUUAAUACCAACUCAUGCACCGACAAAGAAGGAGGCAAUCUAUAUUGGGAAGCUACCCCCGCAGACAACUGUAAAUUCAGCUCAUACGACGUCCUGUACGAAGGAUAUAUAACCCGCGUACAAGCUACGGGAAAAGAUGAACCGGUAGUAUAUUCAAUUACAUCACAAGACAUUACUUUCGCGCUAAUCAGAACUACAGAAAUCAAAAUUUGUGGCUACACGUUCUUCAAAACAGAACAUCCAAAACUGUUUAUUUUCGAGACCAGCCGCGGAAACACAUUUAAACAACCAGGAUUAUUACCGAUCGAAAGCGUUGAUAUUUUUACCUACGUAAAUUCCAAAUUCAUGUACGUGGAGAAACACCUCAAACAACAAAUGACCGCACUAUACAAAGACGUAAUUGCACAGAAAUGCGAACUUGAAAAACAAGUAUUAAAAAACAGUCUGACAUUAGCCACGAUACUACCCGACGAAUUUGCCUACAACGUUAUGAACGGUCCAGGACACAUGGUAACGGUCGCCGGAGAAGUAGCGCAUACCGUAAGAAUCUCAGGAAAGUGAACAACAUAGGGAACUCAUGAGCGCGAGAGAGAGCUUAUGGAAGUUCCGUGAGUGCGAGACAGACAGACUGCCCGCCCCUCCGUUGCCUUUGAGUCCCCACUCCGCCAAAUUGUAAACAGACUAUCGCUAGAGCAUGCUGAUAAGUUUUAUAUAAACAGACAAAGAGUUUACUGUGAUUUUGUAACGGUUAAGUUUAGAGAAUAAUAUAAUAUUU